CCAUUUUUCGGCAGAUUUUGAAUUUCUGUCAAUGUUCUCGUUAUCAUAUAUAUUUUUUAUUUUUAAUUUAAAUGAAUCCCAAGAUUGUUAAUUUCAAUCAUUAACCAGUGAGUGUUUUAGUUUUGAUAAAUUAGAAAUGACAGUCCUUUUAACAGCAGACUGGACACCUUUUGGAAAGGAUGACUACUUCAGGAAAUUUGAAGUAUACAACAUGGAAUGGUCUGAUAUUGAUCUAAAUACAUUGUCAUUAACAUCAACUUCAUUUGGUGGUCCUGUAGCUGUUAUUCGAGAUCGUAACAAGUUUGUUAAGGUUCAGGGUAGUGGAAAACCUAUAAUAACUAUAUAUACAACAUCUGGAGUCUAUAUAUCUUCAUUUAAUUGGAGUAGUGGACAAAUAGUUCGGCUUGGAUGGACCUCUUCACUCGAUCUGUUAUGUAUUAUGGAAGAUGGGCACGUGCUAAUGUAUGAUAUAUUCUCCAAUUACCGACAUACAUUUAGUAUGGGCCAGGAAGCUAUUGAUACCAAGGUCAUUGAUGCCAAAGUAUUUUAUACAGCUCAAAGCACGGGGAUAGCAGUUUUAACUGCUGCUCAUAGAAUAUUUCUAAUAAAUAGCGUAAAUGAACCUAAAGUUAGAAGAUUGCCUGAAAUCCCAGGUGUACAUAAUGCUUCUGUGUGCUGGGAGGUAAUGUGUGAAGACAGACAUAGCAAAGUUUUGUUCGCAAGAGGAAAAGAUUUAUAUAGCCUGAAUGAAGCAGAACAGAAUGCUGUUGUAUUGGAUGUUGAUCUUGGUGAUGAUGUGUAUAUGAUUAAAGCUAUGGCUGUGUCAUAUGACUUUAAACUCUUGGCAAUAUUUACUGAUAGAGGUAAAUUGUGGAUUGGAAAAUCAGAUCUUAGUAAAUGUUUCAGACUGUAUGAUGUAAGAAAUACAUUGAUUCCUGUUCAGUUAGUGUGGUGUGGAAAUGAUGCAGUUAUUAUCAAUUGGGGUAUGAUAUUAGAAGUGAUUGGUUUAAAAGAAGAAUGUAUUAAAUAUCACUAUGAUGAGUCAGUAUUUCUUGUCCAAGAAGUGGAUUGUGUGAGAGCUAUCACUUUACAAUCUAUGGAUAUAAUACAGAAAGUUCCACAAGUAGUAAGAGAUAUUUUUCGAAUCAGUGGCACAGCUCCUGGGUCAUUUUUACUCGAAGCUUCAAAACAAUUUAAGAAAAAAAAUCAUCGGUCUAAUGAAUACCUCCAUAUAGUCAAACCAAAAUUGUUUUUAGCUGUACAACAAUGUGUUGAAGCUGCUGGCCAUGAAUUCAAUACUGAAACUCAGAAAAUGUUGAUUAGGGCUGCCCAGUUUGGCAAGAUAUACCUUGAUGAUUGCAGUCCAGAAAAUUAUGUUACUAUGUGCAGGGUGUUAAGAUGUAUAAAUGCGGUUCGCAGUCCUAAAAUUGGAAUUCCUAUAACACACACUCAACUUUACACACUUACAGUACAGGGUCUAAUGAAGCUCCUCAUGAUACGGCAUCAUCAUUUCUUGGCUUUAGAUUUAGCAGCAUUUUUGAAGAUGCCAGAAUCUAGUAAUGUAAUACGUCUGCAUUGGGCAUGCUAUAAGGUUAAACAUAGUAAUCGUAACAAAGAUCAAGUUGCCAAAGAAAUAGCUGAGAAAUUAGGAUUUAACAAAGGAGUGUCCUAUACAGAAAUUGCUAAAAAAGCUGCAGAUUGUGGUAAAACUGAGCUAGCAAUAAAGAUUAUAGAAUAUGAACCUUUAGCUAACUUGCAAGUCCCUUUACUUUUGCGACUGGGUGAAGAUCGCACGGCAUUGGUGAAGGCUAUAGAAAGUGGUAAUACUGAUCUUGUUUAUACUGUACUUUCUCAUAUGCGUGAGAAUAUUCCUCUUGGAAAGUUUCAGAUGGAAAUUAGAGGUUUUCCUUUGGCCCAAGCACUUUAUUUGAAAUAUUGCAGAUUACAUAAUAAGGAUACGUUAAAGGAUGUUUAUACUCAAGAAGAUGAUCAUAAGUCUCAAGCUGUUUGCUAUAUUAGAGAAAGUUUAGAUCCUAAAAAUUCAGGUAUGCGGGAAGCUUCUUUGGUGGCUGCACAGGAAAGUUACAAAAAGGCUAAAUUGGAUCUUCAUGCUUCUUUCUGUGAAGAACAACUGAAGCUUUUAAAGUAUCAACGUAGUUUGGAAGAAAAAUUUAAGAGAGACUUUGUAGGAAAAUCACUUCAUGCCACCGUUAAACUUCUUUUAAGUGCCCAAGAAGUAAAACUUGCAGAUAAACUUAGAACAGAAUAUAAAGUUCCUGACAGAAGGUACUGGUGGCUUAGAGUUCAAGUGCUUGGUGAACUUGGUGACUGGUUCGAGCUAGAAAAGUUUUCAAAGUCCAAGAAAUCAUACAUUGGAUAUGAGCCUUUCCUUGAUAUAUGCCUCAAAUACGGUAAUCGAUAUGAAGCUCAGAAAUAUUUACCCCGAGUAAGGGAAGAACUUAAAGUGAAAUAUCUUGUAAAACUAGGUAUGAUGGAAGAAGCUGCACAGGCUGCAUUCGAUCAAAAGGAUCGUGAAGCUUUGAAAUAUGUUGAAUCAAAAUGUGAUCCUGAUUUAUUAGAAAAAGUUGGAAGCUUCCUUCGACAAUUGCCAAAAUAAUGUUUUUUGGUUCAAUAGAGGGAUAUAAAUAUUAUACCAUGAUUCGUACACCAUUGGUUUGGUAUAAAUACAUAUACUUAUUUUGUUAUUCAUCUAGAAAUUUUAUAAGAAAAUUUGUAUUCAGUUUCAUUUAUUUAUUAAUUUAUUGUAUUUGUUGAUAUAUUAUUUGCUGUAUGUAAAAUUUUAUGUUCUUCCUAUUGUAAAUAUUAAUUUGUAUAAAUAAUAA